AUAAUGAAAAAGCAAAGAUACCGAUUUAGUGUGGUCGUAAAUGAAUUGAAAAAGGAAGACUUUGUUCCUUACAAAACCACAUUGAUGGCUUUUGUCAAUUGUGUCAUUGUGGCUAAUAAAAAAUUGGAGGAUAAGUGGUGGUAACCCAAUGAAUUUAUUGGCUUAAACCUUCUCGAUGUGAUCAAUGAUUUGCGAAACGAAGACAACGAGAAAACAGUCAUCCAAUGUGAUGUUUUUGACGACGAGAAGGCAUCAGAUGACGAAACAAUGGCGGCCUUGAAGCCAACUGGUAUUGACAUAAAUAAUGUGAAAGAGGUGUUCAGCGCUCUCUAUGAUAAGGUUUACAAUACACCACUGGCUGAAAUGCUUCUGAGUAUGUUACAAACUCUCCUACAAACAGAACCAGACGAUCAACUUAGUGAUAAUAGGUGGACACUGAUUGAAAAGUCAGUUAAGAAAGCAUUCCUAAUGGAUUCAUUGCUUGACAGUAAAUGUGUUUUAUGUGGAAAAAACGUUUCACAAACAGAAAAUGCUGUACCACCUCCUCCUCAUUCACCACCAGCACCACCUCCGCCACCACCACCUCCACCACCACCACCACUGCCAGGAUUAGGGCCGCCCCCACCUCCACCUCCACCACCCCCGCUAGGUUUAUCGCCGCCACCUCCACCACCACCGCCAGGAUUUGGCCCGCCCCCACCACCUCCACCACCCACUCUAGGUGUGGUAGUGGCCCCUUCACUUUCAGCUUCAAACCCUCAGAGAUCCUGCACUGUGUGUAGACACACUCCUAAACGCAAAUUAAAAACAAUCAACUGGACAAAGAUACCAGCUCGUAGUAUUUCAUCUCAAGGGAAUGUUUGGAAGCAAGUUAUGAAAAUGGAAGAUAAAGUCCCUGUAAAGCAUGAAACCUUGGAACAGGAAUUCUGCCGGAAACAGAUCCAGAAAAUGAAAGAAACGAAAAUAAAACUUCCAAAAGAGAUACUGCUUCUUGAUGGAAAACGAAGUAUGAAUGUAAACAUCUUUCUGAAGCAGUUUAAGUGUAGCCACACAGAAAUUGUAUCAAUGAUAAAGACAGGUGAUGUAGAUGUCAUCGGCAAAGAGCGUCUACUAGGUUUACAGAAAAUACUUCCAAAGGAGGAAGAGGUUAGUAUGCUUGAAGAAUUCGAGGGAGAUAAAGAGAAACUUGGGAAUGCAGAGAAAUUCUAUUUAAAACUCAUCAAGUUGCAAGCCUACAGAAUUCGUAUAGACGGACUUGUUCUAAAGGGCGAUUUCGGAGACACAAUGGAUAAUCUUUUACCAAAUAUCAGUGCUGUGAUUAAAACAUGCAAAUGUCUUCUGGAAAAUGAUUCUCUCAAAGUGUUUCUACGCUAUGUUCUACAUACUGGAAAUUUCAUGAAUGCAGGUGGGUAUGCAGGCAACGCGAUGGGUUUCCGGAUAAAUUCCUUAAAUAAAUUGAUGGAUACAAGAUCCAAAAAGCCCAGGGUAACUCUUUUGCACUAUCUCGUUGAAGAGGAAAAAGAAGACAAGGAAGCUCUAGCUUUUGUUGAGGAGAUAACUCCAAGUUUGGCCAUUGCCUCAAAUUUGACUGUGGACUCUUUGGCAGCAGAGGUUAAAGAAGUAAAAGAUAAGGUUAACGGUCUGAAAAAAGGCCUGAAAAAGAGUCCCAGUGACGUCAAUAAUCAACUUAAAACAUUUGUACAGGCAAGCAAAAAGGAAAUGACUUCAUUAGAUGAGAGUUUAGAGAAAAUAACAGAACUGACACAGCAAAUUGUUUGUUACUUCUGUGAAAAAGAGAAAAGUUUUAAAUUAGAUGAGUGCAUUCACGACAUGAAUACGUUCUGUGAUAAUAUUAAACGAUGUCAAAAGGAGAAUUUACAGAGAAAACACAAAGAAGAAAUGGCAGAGCGCAGGAAAAAGCAGGAACAGGAAAUGACAAAGAAACAUGCUGAGCAUACUUCAGCAAAGAAAGAAUCAAUUGAAGAAGAUUGUAUUAUAGAUCGAUUACUGAAGGAUAUUCGGAAAGGACACAAGCUACGAACCACGAGACAACAGACAUAG